CUCGUCCAAGAGCCGCUUUGUGUUGCCUCAAUCCAGCUCGCCGGUCGCUUGUUUCCCAGCACCUUCACUUGGAACCGGACCGGGGCAGCAACUGCGAGUUUCGAGUCCAGCCGGCGGGGGAGAGGUGGGGCUGCGCCGUGUUCGCUACUCCGAGAGGAUUUCUAGGAACCUGCAUGUGGAUGUAAGCGGGAGAGACGCUUAUCCAGAGAGUAUGGAUGUACGCUUCUACCCCACAGCAGCUGGAACGGCGCUGCCAGGAGAGCCGACCGGCGUGGACUUUUCGCAGUGUCUCGGCUACUACGGCUACAGCAAGUUUGGGAACAAUAGUAACUACAUGAACAUGACAGAAGUAAACCAUGCAUUCCUUGCAGCUAGUGAGCAGACAUUUCACACCCCUAGUUUGGGAGAUGAGGAGUUUGAGAUUCCACCAAUAACUCCCCCUCCUGAGACGGACCCUGGCCUGGGCAUGACUGAUGUAGUGUCAACCUUCCAGGCCCUACCUGACUCAUUAUCAGCACAGAGCAAUGAGUUCAGACCCCAGUUUCCUCCCCAAAGCUUGGAGUUGCCUUCUAUCACCAUUUCUCGCAAUCUUCUUGACCAGGAGGUUCCUGCCGUCAACAAUGGGCUCACAGCGAAUAUUGGUCAGCCCCACUUACACCACUACUCGCACAAUCCUGCCAUGGUCAUGAGGUCUGUUGUGAGUAUGAAUAAUGCACCGGUAGGAAUGAUCUCACGAAACCAACUGACAACUAUAAACCAGUCUCAGCUGAGUACACAGUUGGGAUUAAACCUUGGGGGUCCUAAUGUACCUCAUACUUCACCAUCACCACCUGCAAGCAAGUCAGCUACCCCUUCCCCAUCCAGUUCCAUCAAUGAGGAAGACGUGGAAGAAGCAAGCCGGAUGAUUGGUGAGAAAAGACCUGCGCCUGAUUCUGGGAAAAAACCGAAGACCCCCAAAAAGAAGAAAAAAAAAGACCCAAAUGAGCCACAGAAACCAGUCUCUGCCUAUGCACUCUUCUUUAGAGACACACAGGCAGCCAUCAAAGGACAAAAUCCAAAUGCAACCUUUGGAGAAGUUUCUAAGAUUGUUGCAUCUAUGUGGGAUGGCUUAGGAGAAGAACAAAAGCAGAUCUACAAAAGUAAAACCGAAGCAGCCAAGAAAGAGUAUCUGAAAGCCCUGGCAGCCUACCGAGCCAGUCUUGUGUCCAAGGCUGCUGCAGAGUCUGCCGAGGCACAAACCAUACGUUCUGUCCAACAAACCCUGGCUUCAACCAACUUAUCCCCAUCUCUCAUCUUGAGCACCCCAAUGUCACAGCACCCAUCCGUAUCUGCUACAGCACAGGUGCUCCAGCAGGCACUCCCAAGAGCUAUUGCACCAAAACCACUCCAAAUGAGACUGUCCGGUAACCAGAUGGUGAGCUCUACCAGUGUGGGCCCUCCCAGCAUGCCAUCAAGCAUUUCAACAACCCUGAUGAGUUCCAUGGGGGCACCAAUGGUGGCAUCUCCUUCUGGUACAUCACAGCUGAGUCCUUCCAUGCAGCCACCUCAGCUGCAGCACUUGCAACAGCAGCACAUUCAGCUGCAACAGCAGAUGCACCACCAGCAGAUCCAGCAGCACAUGCAGCAGCAGCACUUCCAGCACCACCUCCAGCAGCAGCUUCAGCAGCACAUGCACCAGCAGCAAAUGCAACAACAGCUGCAGCACAUGCAGAUGCAGCAGAUGCACCAGCAGCAGAUGCAGCAGCUCCAGCAGACACAACCCCCGCAGCGACAGCCAUCACCUUUACAGCAGUCCUCUGAAACGGCACAGCCACCAUCGGGCACAUCUCAGAUCAACGGGCCAUUGGGCAGUCCACAGAAUGGUGCACAGAUACAGGCCCAGGCCCAAAGUCAAGUACUGUCACAGGUCAGCAUCUUCUGAGCCACAGGAGAAAGGUCAAAGUAUCAGCCAGGUUAUUUUUCUAUGUUGCACUUAAAAAGUGUGUUUAAAAAAAAAUAAAUAAAUAAAAAAAUAAGCAGAUAAACAUUUUACUGAGCUGCGCCCCUGGUUUUAAUGGAUUUACUGGGAUGGACAUUGAAGAAACAAAUCCAUUGAUAUGAAUAUUUCAUGUCUAUAAAAUAGGCAGUGUAAAAAUCCCACUUUGGGAGUCUGGGAUUUAUUAAUGAGCAGUUUGGGUGCAUGGCACCUGGGAAGUGGACAUGGUCACUUUAAGGCUUUCUUUUUUUUUUAAUUUAACGUCAAAGCUUUAUUCAAAAGGUUUUCAGAACCUUACUGCUCAACAGCCUGAAAAGAUAAAUGAACUGUGCCUGGAAGAACUGGAAUACCUAUUGGUUGUCCAAAGUGAUGGACUAGGAGCUCAGGACAAAAGAUGGAUGGUUGAAUAUUUGACUCUUCCAGAAAGAAGAGUGCUUUCUGGUGGACUUGAAACUCUGGAGAUGAGGUUGACCAAUGUCGUCCAUUAGUCUCACUCCACUGUACAUGGCCAAACAGAACACUUGAAGGUGGUCUUGCACUGAACUUUGAAAUUCAUUUAUUUUUAUUUUUGUAAGUAUACUUGUAUGUUCUAUUUUGUGUAGACUCCAGCAGCGUUGGCUGGCCAUUGUUCUCUGAAUGGCUUGAAGUGUGCAGACUUCCAGUCAGUUAGAUAUCCAUCCUACUGUGCAACUGGGCCAAUGGUGAUUGUCUAACCUGGACUCCAGACUCAAAACUGUGAACGUAACUGAUUGUAGUUACCAGAGAGGAAGAAAUGACUGAUUCAAGUCUUUGGUGAGACUUUCUGGAAUGACACAAAUUUGAUGCGUAUAUGUCGCACAAGUCGAGCCCUUCCAGCAUCUGUCUAGUACCUCAGAAUUGUAUGCUCUCUCAUAAAAUGUUUAUAUAUAUUUUUUUCAUGUAAAUGAAAUAUUUUAUGGAAGAAAGUGUUAAUCACUGACUGUAGACUGCGGAUUUCAUGCUUAAUGUAUUUUUUAAAACAAAGACACUAGAACCAGUGCAGGAUCUGCAGCGCCUAGCGCCCAGUGUGCAAAGGAUACUUUUCAGUAAGUUGUAUAUUUUUCUUUUUCUUUUCAUAUCACAUGAUGUAAAGAUUUCAUAUGUGAGGCUUUAAUGUAAACAUUUAUACAUCACAUUGUGUGUUUCUGCUGUUUUAUACUUUUUUAUGAGUUUCAAUAGCAGCAAUGAGUUCUUUGUAUUUUGCUUAACAAAAAAAACUUCCUUUAUUUUAUUUUUUUUAACUUGAUUUAGAAUAAAUACAUUUCAUUUAAAAAAAAAAAAAAGCGGUUACUAGAAAAACAUUUUUAUUUAUUAUUGUGAUUUGUACUUUUUUUUUUCCUUUUGCGUAAUGAAGUCUGCCUGCCUAUGUCAUCAGUUUAUUCUGAAAUAUUGCAGUUUGAAGCAUCACAAGAGAGCUCUGCUCCUAAUUCUGAAGAACAAACGUUGCAAAGAAAAGAAGCAAUUAUUUGUAUUAAAAAAAAAAAAGGUAAUAAAAUAAACCAAUUUGUACCUCUUAUGU